AUGAAGCAUUCGAAGGAACCGUUUGUAGUAGUAAUUGAGGAGGAGCAAGAGGAAUCGCCACCGGGAUCACCGGUUGGAGGCGGAGAUGGUAGUGACGGUGGACAAAUGGAACACUGUCAGCUGAAGAAACGUAAAACCUACCUUGUUGCUGAAGCAAAGAACAAAGAAGAAGUUGGGCUCACCAAAUACACAACUAGUGGUGCUCCUGUGAAGAUGCAGACCAUAUUAGCUCAAUACACAAAGGAUCAAAUGAGGAUAUGA